AUGCUCUGCACAAGGCCAGAGGCAGUGGUGCUCCUGGGAGCUCUGCUGACUGCAUCCCUGGAUCCAGCGGGCGGCCAGGACUCACUCCCACUGUCCUGGGAAGUGCAGCGCUAUGACGGCUGGUUCAACAACCUGAGGCAUCACGAGCGUGGCGCAGCGGGCUUCCGACUGCAGCGCCUCGUGCCAGCCAGUUACGCGGAUGGCGUUUACCAGGCUCUGGGGGAGCCGCUGCUGCCCAACCCGCGCCUACUCAGCGACGCCGCCAUGCGGGGCACAGCCGGGCAGCCAUCCCGCCGCAACCGCACCGUGCUGGGGGUCUUCUUUGGCUACCACGUGCUCUCGGACCUGGUGAGCGUGGAGACCCCCGGCUGCCCAGCCGAGUUCCUCAACAUCCACAUCCCGCCCGGGGACCCGGUGUUCGAUCCCGACCGGCGCGGGGACGUGGUCCUCCCCUUCCAGAGGAGCCGCUGGGACCCCGAGACCGGACAGAGCCCCAGUAAUCCCCGGGACCUGACCAACGAGGUGACGGGCUGGCUGGACGGCAGCGCCAUCUAUGGCUCCUCGCACUCGUGGAGCGACGCGCUGAGGAGCUUCUCCGGGGGAGAGCUGGCGUCGGGGCCCGACCCCGCCUUCCCCCGGAACGCGCAAAGCCCCCUGCUCAUGUGGACGGCGCCCGACCCCGCCACCGGACAGCGAGGGCCCCGGGGGCUGUACGCCUUCGGGGCGGAGCGAGGGAACCGCGACCCGUUCCUGCAGGCGCUGGGCCUGCUGUGGUUCCGCUACCACAACCUGUGCGCGCAGCGGCUGGCCCGCGAGCACCCGCAAUGGGGGGACGAGGAGCUGUUCCAGCACGCGCGCAAGAGGGUCAUCGCCACCUACCAGAACAUCGUUUUGUAUGAGUGGCUGCCCAGCUUCCUGCAGAAAACACCCCCGAAGUAUGCAGGAUACAACCCUUUCCUGGACCCCAGCAUCUCCCCAGAGUUCCUGGUGGCCUCUGAGCAGUUCUUCUCCACCAUGGUGCCUCCUGGGGUCUACAUGAGGAAUGCCAGCUGUCAUUUCCAGAUGGUCCUGAACGAGGGUUUUGGCAGCUCCCCAGCUCUCAGGGUCUGCAACAGCUACUGGCGUCGGGAGAACGCCACCGUGAACAGUGCCCAGGCAGUGGACCAGCUGCUGCUGGGAAUGGCCUCCCAGAUCGCAGAGCUGGAGGACAGGACAGUGGUGGAAGAUCUGAGAGACUACUGGCCCGGCCCUGGCAAGUUCUCCCGCACAGACUACGUGGCCAGCAGUAUCCAACGUGGCCGAGAUAUGGGGCUGCCCAGCUAUACCCAAGCCCUGAUGGCUUUGGGGUUGGACACCCCACGGAACUGGAGUCACAUCAACCCCCAUGUGGAGCCCCAGGUGCUGGAGGCCACAGCUGCCCUAUACAACCAGGACCUGUCCCGGCUGGAGCUGCUCCCCGGGGGGCUCCUGGAGAGCCAUGGGGACCCCGGGCCCCUCUUCAGCACCAUCGUCCUUAACCAGUUUGUGAGGCUGCGGGAUGGCGACCGCUACUGGUUUGAGAACACCAGGAAUGGGCUGUUCUCCAAAAAGGAAAUCGCAGAAAUCAGAAACACUACUCUUUGGGAUGUGCUGCUGGCUGUUAUCAACGUGGAUCCCAGUGCCCUGCAGCCCAAUGUCUUUAUCUGGCAUGCAGAUGCCCCGUGCCCUCAGCCUCGGCAGCUCACAACCCAAGGCUUGCCGCACUGUGUGCCCCUGACCAUGUUGGACUACUUUGAGGGCAGCGGUCCUGGGUUUGGCAUUACCAUUGUGGCUCUCUGCUGUCUUCCGCUCGUGAGUCUGCUUAUCUCUGGGGUGGUGGCCCAUUUCCGGAGCCGAGAGUGCAAGAGGCUACAGAAGAAAGGCAAAGAGAGUGUGAAGAAAGAAGCAGUCAAAGAUGGUGUGCCAGCGAUGGAGUGGCCGGGCCCCAGGGAGAAGAGCUACCCCAUCACCAUCCAGCUGCUCCCAGACAGGCGUCUGCAGGUCCUGGACAGGCGGCUCUCUGUGCUCCGCACCAUCCAGCUGCAGCCCCCGCAGCAGGUCAACCUCAUCCUGUCCAGCAACCGCAGACGCUGGACCCUGCUGCUCAAGAUCCCCAAGGAGUAUGACCUGGUACUACUGUUUAACUCUGAGGAGGAGCGGGGCACCUUCGUGCAGCAUCUGCAGGACUUCUGUGUGCAGUGGGCUCUGGGCCUUAAUGUGGCUGAGAUGAGAGAGAACGAGCUGUUCAGGAGGGCUGUGACCAAGCAGCAGCGGGGCCGCAUCCUGGAGAUCUUCUUCAGACACCUGUUUGCCCAGGUGCUGAACAUCGACCAGGCGGACGCAGGGACCCUGCCCCUGGACUCAUCACAGAAGGUACGGGAGGCCCUGACUUGUGAGCUGAGCAGAGCUGAGUUUGCCGAGUCCCUGGGCCUCAAGCCCCAGGACAUGUUUGUGGAGUCCAUGUUCUCCCUGGCUGACAAAGAUGGCAAUGGCUACCUGUCCUUCCGGGAGUUUCUGGACAUCCUGGUGGUCUUCAUGAAAGGCUCCCCAGAGGACAAGUCCCGCCUGAUGUUCACCAUGUAUGACCUUGAUGCAAAUGGCUUCCUCUCCAAGGAUGAGUUCUUCACCAUGAUGCGGUCCUUCAUCGAGAUCUCCAACAACUGCCUGUCCAAGGCCCAGCUAACAGAGGUGGUGGAGUCCAUGUUCCGGGAGUCUGGCUUCCAGGAUAAGGAGGAGCUGACGUGGGAGGACUUCCACUUCAUGCUGCGGGACCAUGACAGCGAGCUCCGAUUCACGCAGCUCUGCGUCAAAGGUGGAGGUGUACGCUCAUUCUUCACUUCAGGUGUUGGAGACAUCUUUAAACCAAACAUCAGCUGUCGAGUCUCAUUCAUCGCUCGGACUCGGGGGGAACGCUCCUGCUCCCAGAAACUGGAGCUCCCUGCCUCAGAAGCCCCAGAGCUGGGAGGCCCUGGGCUGAAGAAGAGGUUUGGCAAAAAGGCGGUGGGACCCGCUCCCCAGCUGUACACAGAGGCGCUGAAGGAGAAGAUGCAACGGGGCCUCCUGGCCCAAAAGCUUCGGCAGUACAAGCGCUUCGUGGAGAACUACCGGCGGCACAUCGUGUGCGUUGCCAUCUUCUCGGCCAUCUGUGCGGGCCUGUUUGCAGAGCGGGCCUACUAUUAUGCCUUUGCCUCGCCACCCUCGGGCAUCGCAGAGACCACCUUUGUGGGCAUCAUCCUGUCCCGGGGCACGGCCGCCAGCAUCUCUUUCAUGUUCUCCUACAUCCUGCUCACCAUGUGCCGCAACCUCAUCACCUUCCUGCGAGAGACCUUCCUCAACCGCUACGUGCCCUUCGACGCCGCCGUGGACUUCCAUCGCUGGAUCGCCAUGGCUGCUGUUGUCCUGGCCAUUUUGCACAGUGCUGGCCACGCUGUCAAUGUCUUCAUCUUCUCAGUCAGUCCCCUCAGCCUGCUGGCCUGCAUCUUCCCCAACGUCUUUGUGAAUGAUGGGUCCCAGCUUCCGCAAAAGUUCUACUGGUGGUUCUUCCAGACGGUCCCAGGUAUGACAGGGGUGCUCCUGCUCCUGGUCCUGGCCAUCAUGUAUGUCUUCGCCUCCCACCACUUCCGGCGCCGCAGCUUCCGGGGCUUCUGGCUGACCCACCACCUCUACAUCCUGCUCUACGUGCUGCUCAUCAUCCACGGCAGCUUCGGCCUGAUCCAGCUGCCCCGUUUCCACAUCUUCUUCCUGGUCCCGGCACUAAUCUAUGUGGGGGACAAGCUGGUGAGCCUGAGCCGGAAGAAGGUGGAGAUCAGCGUGGUGAAGGCGGAGCUGCUGCCUUCAGGAGUGACCCACCUGCAGUUCCAGCGGCCCCAUGGCUUUGAGUACAAGUCAGGGCAGUGGGUGCGGAUCGCCUGCCUGGCUCUGGGAACCAACGAGUACCACCCGUUCACACUGACUUCUGCACCCCAUGAGGACACUCUCAGCCUGCACAUCCGGGCAGCAGGCCCCUGGACCACUCGGCUCAGGGAGAUCUACUCACCUCCAACGGGUGACGGCUGUGCCAGAUACCCAAAGCUGUACCUUGAUGGACCAUUUGGAGAGGGCCACCAGGAGUGGCAUAAGUUUGAGGUGUCAGUGCUGGUGGGAGGGGGCAUUGGGGUCACCCCCUUUGCCUCCAUCCUCAAAGACCUGGUCUUCAAGUCAUCCUUGGGCAGCCAAAUGCUCUGUAAAAAGAUCUACUUCAUCUGGGUGACGCGCACCCAGCGGCAGUUUGAGUGGCUGGCUGACAUCAUCCGGGAGGUGGAGGAGAAUGACCGCCAGGACCUGGUGUCCGUGCACAUCUACAUCACCCAGCUGGCUGAGAAGUUUGACCUCAGGACCACCAUGCUGUACAUCUGUGAGCGACACUUCCAAAAGGUGCUGAACCGGAGUCUGUUCACGGGCCUGCGCUCCAUCACCCACUUUGGCCGCCCCCCCUUCGAGCCCUUCUUCAAGUCCCUGCAGGAGGUCCACCCACAGGUACCGAAGAUUGGGGUGUUCAGCUGUGGCCCUCCAGGAAUGACCAAGAAUGUAGAGAAGGCUUGUCAGCUCAUCAAUAGGCAGGACCAGGCCCACUUCGUGCACCACUACGAGAACUUCUGAGAACCU